AUGGUUGUACCACCGCUAUCUUGCUGCCACUCCUCCAAGGAGGGUUGUGUCUGCGCAGCACAGGCCAGAUGCUCCUGCGGAAAGCAACACGCCCUCCACUGCAAUUGCGAAAGGGCACGCACCGAAAAUGAUACUUCAGGCCCCAGAUGUUCCUGCAGAAGCCGCCCCGCCGGGCAGUGUACUUGCGAACGGGCAGAGACGGAGAACCAUCCACCUACAGGGGAGACGUGUCCAUGCGGCCGUAGAAUUGCUGACUCUUGCACCUGCGAAAAGGCUGUUGAUGCCGGAAAUUUCCCGGGUGAGAUUGACUUCACCACACAAGCAUAG